AUGCGUAAUUUGGUAAAGCGGUACAUUGCUCAAUUGCAACGUUGUAAACAACAAACUGAAGGUAUUACUGAAGAGGACGUAGAGGAAAUUAAGCAGGAUAUUAGUGCUUUUCGGUACGAACUACUUGGUAUACUUCGAAAUGCUGGUUUCGAUAUCGGUGAUGCUGAUCUUAGACAAGAAACGAUUUUUUCAUUUACAAACAGUAUUAUCUUUCCUUUUCCUUUUUCAGAAUUCCUUGGAUAUGGCUUAAAUUUACUUAGUACCUCGCGAAGUAAAAAACGAAGUUUAAUGGCGGAACGUCGAUUACUGAGUGGUGUGACGGAAUCGAUGAGUAUUCCGAUGCCGGAACGAUUACUGAACGGUACUAGUGAUGAUGAUAAUGAGGCGGAUGAGGUGCAUGAAGUGGAUCGAAAAGAACGCAGGUUUCUCUAA